UUAGUGUGAGAGACAGAGUCUAUAAAUAAAGGUGGGCAUCGUCGUACUAUACACAGAAAGAGACUGAGAGGGAUGCGUGAUUGAGUCCUUUCGCACUCGGAGAGAGGAGGUUUUUUUUUUCAGAUAUAUUGGUGGCGUGGCGGUGGUGGUGGCCCCUCAUAGUCAUAGACACAGAAAUUCACAAGACCAGCGGGUUAAUUAAUUUCCCAAGUUUUUCAUGGAGUUGGGUUCCAUCUGGGUCGUCCUGUUGUGCAGCUUUGGCGCUCUGGUGGCCCUCAAAUGGCUACUCAAGAAUGCAAAUUCGUGGCUCCACGAAACCCAAUUGGGUGAUAUACAGUACUCUCUUCCUCCUGGUGAUUUGGGCUGGCCUUUCAUAGGGAACAUGUGGUCCUUCCUCCGAGCCUUCAAGUCCCACGAUCCUGAGUCCUUCAUCUCCUCCUUUGUUUCCAGAUUUGGACGUACUGGAAUUUACAAGGCCUUCAUGUUUGGGAGCCCAAGUGUGAUAGUUACCUCACCUGAAACAUGUAGAAGGGUUUUGACGGACGAUGAUUGCUUUAAGCCUGGAUGGCCUCGAUCCACCGUUGAUCUGAUCGGAAAGAAAUCAUUCAUUGGGAUUUCUUAUGAAGAACAUAAGCGUCUCAGACGGUUAACAGCUGCUCCAGUCAAUGGUUAUGAGGCAUUGUCCAUGUACACGAAAUAUAUAGAAGAAAAUGUAAUAGCUUCCUUGAACAAAUGGGCAACAAUGGGAGAAAUCGAGUUCUUAACCGUGCUUCGGAAGCUUACUUUUCGGAUAAUUAUGUACAUUUUUCUUAGCUCAGAAAGUGAGCCGGUAAUGGAGUGUUUGGAGAGGGAAUAUACGAAACUUAAUUAUGGGGUUAGAGCCAUGGCAAUUAAUCUUCCUGGAUUUGCUUAUCAUAAGGCAAAGAAGGCUCGAAACAAUCUUGUGGUUACCUUUAAAUCUAUUGUGAAUGAGAGAAGAAAACAAAAAAACAGCUGUGUCUCAAUAAAGAAGAAAGAUAUGAUGGAUGCUUUGCUCGAAGUUGAGGAUGAAAAUGGUAGAAAAUUGACUGACGAAGAAAUCAUAGAUGUUCUGUUGAUGUAUCUGAAUGCAGGCCAUGAGUCAUCAGGCCAUACUGCAAUGUGGGCUACCAUUUUCCUACAAGAGCACCCAGAAUUUCUUCAAAAAGCUAAGGAAGAGCAAGAGGAAAUUAUAAAGAAGAGGCCGCCAACACAGAUCGGUUUGACACUGAAAGAAAUUCGAGAAAUGGAGUAUCUUUCCAAGGUGAUUGACGAAGCGCUUCGUGUGGUAACAUUUUCCCUAACAGUUUUCCGUGAGGCAAAAAGAGAUGUCAAUAUAGGCGGUUAUACCAUUCCCAAAGGCUGGAAAGUCCUAGUCUGGUUUAGAAGUGUUCACCUAGAUCCUGAAAAUUUUCCAAAUCCAAAGGAGUUUAAUCCUUCCAGAUGGGAUGAUUUUACACCCAAAGCAGGAACCUUCCUUCCCUUUGGAGCAGGAAGCAGGCUGUGCCCUGGAAAUGAUCUUGCUAAGCUGGAAAUCUCUAUUUUCCUUCACUAUUUUAUCCUUAAUCAUCGGCUGGAGCGACUCAACCCUGGAUGCCCAGUGAUGUACUUACCGCAUACAAGGCCUAUUGAUAAUUGCUUGGCAAGAAUCAAAAAGUGCCCCACCUCAUCUAUAUAAGGAGGGAAAGAAAGUGGAAGAGAAAAUAAAACAGCAUAUUCUUGUCACUUGACUAAGAUAUAUAUACUAUAUUUUUUUUUUUCUGAGUUUGUCUUCAUCUCCAUGCGCCUUGGUGCUCAUGAAGUAAGAGUAGUAGUAUUACCCAUACCUGAUCUUAGGUCCCAUUUGUUUUGAUAGAACCCAUCCAUGCUGUAUUUGGUGGCUACAAGCAUAGUGAUGGAAAUUCUAUUAGGCUACAGCAAGUGAUUCUUGUAACCUGAGACAAUAUAUCAUUAUUAUAUUAUAAAUAUGCAAGCAUUUGCAAUUAUCUAAA